AUGGCUGACUUUUGCACGGAAUCCCGAGCCGGCCGUGCCGACCGUAACCACGGCCUUCCACGCACGCAUCGUAACCGCGUAGAUCCGAGCAAUGGUACAGGACAGCGGCCGCCGCCUCCCCUUCUACAAGCUGGACCUCGUGCGACGAAUAACCACAUCAACACCCCGUCAAGGUCCAGUCCUCUGAAGCAGUUGUCGGAGCUCACAGCACAGUUGGGCCUCGAAUACGUCCGGGUGAAGGCCGCACAGGGAGGAAAACUCGUCAAGAUCAUGGAGGUCAGCGAGGAGAUGGAUGCUCUAGCUGAAGGGGUGUCGCUUGGCGCCUUCGAGGCCGGGAUGAUUGUGGAGAUUGUGGAGAUGGAGCCAACAAGCGAUGACCGCAAGCAGCCCGGAGAUGGCACAACUGCAGUCACUCCUAAAGGCCGUGCCUGUGUGAAACCACGCCGAGUCUUAAUAACCAAGGUCAAUCGGAUCCCAGGUGGUCAGGAGAUCACCGGCCUCAAGAUUGGCUCCAAGCGGAAAAAAGGCGUUGAAGCCGAGGAGCCAGAGCGACGAGCCCAAUUCUUCUGGAUGAAGAUGCCGAACUUCCACCCUUUGCUCAACCAGUCGCCAAAUGACCCCAUGGACAUCGAGCAGACCACUGCCGACUGGUGUGAACUCUCGUACGCCGACUUGAUGGCGGUCAUUUCGUUUCGGCCAAACACGCAAACCAAGAUCCUCGGCAAGAUCACGCGCGAGAGCCUUCUACGUCUCCUGAAGUGUAUCCAUAAUUCUCAGGCCGCCGAUAUCGAUGCCCUCGCCCAGGAGGACAAGGGCGACAUCGGCAUCAAGAUCCUUGGUCGUGCUGCCGACACAUCUCCCGCUUCAUCAAAUAGCAAGCCGACAGCCUCCUCAACGCCCGAUCCUACACAAUCCGACUCGGGAUUCGCCUCAGCCGUAGCCGCAGCCGAGAAGUAG